AUGGAUAAUAUAAAGUAUAACCCAGAAGUCCGACAUCUGUUAAAUCUAGCGAAGUUUGUGCUGCAUUAUGUUGAUUACAACAAGUGCACUGAUAAGGAUGACUCUCACUUAAAUAAAACAGUUCGGCAGCUUGGAAAUUUUGACUCAGUUGAGCAACUAGUACGAAGAUGUAAGCGAAAACCUUCAUCGAAACUACUACCUAUUUGCGAAAAACCAAGUCAAUGGUGGAAGACAGAAGGAAAUCGUCUUUAUGUUACCGCCCACCUAAUGGAAACAAUAAGAGAGUUCUACCAUGAAAAGAUUUGUCGGGCGUGCAAGAGAAAAUUGAAUAAAAAUCACCAGGAGGUUACUCGUUUAUCUCAUCCGCGUAAACGUUUGAUGGAUUUAAAAUUUUCUACAACUGAUAAAUCAUUGUGUCAGUUAGUCAAAGAUGAUAAAUUCAAAAGACUAAUUAACAAUUAUGAAAUGUUUACCAAUCUACUAUCUAUUAUGUGGUUGCCAACUCGACCUGUUGAAAGUGUUAGAGAAUAUGCUGUUGCUAAAUACGCUGCAAUCCACUAUAUUUUAUCAACACAUGCUAUUCUACCAUCUUCUGAGUGUUUUACAGAGAAUGAUAUACAGAAAAUUAUGCAUUUACCGGUGGAAUGGAUUGGUGGGUUACCAAGAAAAGAAGAUACAAGAUGUAUAACAAAAUUUAUGUCCAGAUUUCCUGAUAUUUUUGCACAAAAAAUUGAUCCUGAAGGAACUGAAGAUCCUUUAGAUGAAUAUGCUCGACAACGUGGUCAACGAAUAUUUCUAGAGAUUAUACAUUAUGCAUCUGCUUUGGAAGAUGGUGAAACCAAAAGACCACAUUUUAAGGCUGAUGCCCAUUCAACUGAAUAUUUAAAACCGAUAACUUCUUCUGAAGAACUAGAAGACUUACCACCACUGGAUUGGAAUGAUCAACUAUCUCGACCGAAUGUGAAAAUUCGUUUAAUGCCUAAAGUGAAAAAGUAUCCAUUGCCUACAGAGUCAAGAUUUAGAAAACCAGUCAGUCGACCGUCUUCAUUGCAACAAACUCCUUAUUAUCAGGCUCAUAAAUCAAAAUCAUUUGGAGAUUUAGGAGAGGCAGUGAAAAAUGUACCUCCUAGUCUACUAGCGAAUGUAGAAAAUUUACAAAAAUCACGUGCUCUUAAAAGAGCACCAAUACAUUUAUUAUGUCAUCGUGAAUUUGACCGAACUGCAAGGAAACCUGAUACACUCUAUGAACAAUUUGCUAAAGAUGAAGAAUACUUUCACCAAGUUGUCAAUUAUCUCCCGCAUUAUCAAUAUACACUGCCAAUACUGUUAAAAAUACAAAAUAAUCUAUUACAGGCAACACCAGAAAAAGAAGCAAAUGAAAAAGCUAAACGACCAAAAUUAGCAAUCAUUAAAACACCAAUGAAAUCAACUAAUGAUAUUUAUAAACCCAAUCAAUGGAAUCCUAAUCGUAGAGCUUAUAUAGAAAAUCCAGUCAAGAUAACUGAUGUAUUGAAGGGUAGAAAUGAAUGUAGAAUAUCUGAAAAAUAUUAUAAAAAAUGUCAAACAUCAGUGUUGUCAUCAUCCAGUAUAGCAUCAUUAUCAAAUUCAACAGUUAAUGAAAAUAAAAAAAGACAUUCUAAAUUCCUAACAAUAUCACAUUCAGCUAUACCUAGACAAAAAGAAUUAGAAGAUCAAACAUUUUCAUUAAUGGAUAAUUUAACUCUAUGGCAAAGCUAA